GAGGAGGAGGAAAAAACAGUACUUUCCCCCGGCUCUUAUCCGUAGGACUAAAGCAGAGACACAGCCGUCGCAAGUUUGUCAACUUCAAACUCUAACCGGCAUCUUCCCUCGGAGAGAAAACACCCGGUAUACAGGUUUCCUCCGUAUUUUCCCGACUUGGAUUAAGUUCUGCAUGGAAACAAAUGAUAUCUGAGAGGAGCGGCGAGAGGAGGUGGGUGUCGGGUACAAGCCCGUGUGUUUCUUCCCUUGUUCUUUUAUGCAUGGUUCUGCGAUGCAAGCCUGGCUUUGAAGUGGAAAAAGUAGUCCCAAUUGUUGCUUCCGCUAAAUGAUCUAAACCUCCACAUUUAAAAGAGCUCUUAAAGGUUUGAUCCGGGGGGGGUAAAAGAAAAGUCCCUAAAGAAACAAAGACAGGAACUAGUGAACAAAUAAACAUAUGUGAUAUUAGAAUUAUGGCGUUAAAGGCCAGAGUUUUGUACGACUUCCACUCUGAAAACCCAGGAGAGAUCUCCAUAACAGAGAAUGAGCUGGUGACUCUGUUCAGCGAGGAGGAGCUGGACGGCUGGCUGGAGGGGGAGAACAGCAGGGGGGAGGCUGGCCUCUUCCCUGCCUCAUAUGUGGAGAUCACCAGGGACCAAAUCACCUCCAACACCAACAACAACGGCCUCUCCUCGCCCAAAGCCAAAGCCAAAGCCGUGACGCCCACUCACACCUCCUACACGUCCCCGGAGUCUCAGAGAGGACUCGGGGCCGGCAGUGGUGGCAGUGGGGGGGGCAGCUUCCACACCAGCCAGGGCAGUGAUGACGACUGGGACGACGAUUGGGAUGACAGCUCUCCGACCGAUGCGGCUCAGGGUAUGGGUACCUCGCCCCCUUUGUACCCCGUCACCUCCUCCUUGCCCGGGCGGCGCGACAGCUCCCAGCAGCAUCAGCAGCAGGCCAAGAGCUCAGCAACAGUGGGGAGGAACCUCAACAGGUUCUCCACCUUUGUCAAGUCCGGAGGGGAGGCCUUCCUGCUCGGGGAGGCCUCUGCUUUCGUGAAGGACGGGGACAGGAUCUGCGUGGUGAUGGGCAAAAACGGACCAGAGUGGCAGGAGGACCCUUAUCCGUUCAUGUGCACCAUUGACGACCCCACCAAGCAGACCAAGUUCAAAGGCAUGAAGAGCUACAUGUCCUACGGCCUGACCCCGACGCACACCAAUGUACAAGUCAACCGCAGGUAUAAGCACUUUGACUGGCUGUACGCUCGGCUCGUUGAGCGCUUCCCGGUCAUCUCCGUACCCCACCUUCCCGAGAAGCAGGCCACCGGUCGCUUUGAGGAAGACUUCAUCUCCAAGCGGAGGAAGGGGCUGAUCUGGUGGAUGAACCACAUGAUCACCCAUCCAGUGCUGGCACGCUGCGACGUUUUCCAGCAUUUCCUUACAUGCGGAGCAGACGAGAAGGCUUGGAAGAUGGGCAAGAGGAAGGCCGAGCGAGACGAAUUGGUCGGUUCAAAUUUUUUCCUGACAAUCAGUACGCCUGCCGUCCCGCUGGACCUCCAGGAAGUGGAGAGCAAGAUCGAAGGCUUCAAGUCCUUCACCAAGAGGAUGGACGAGAACAUCGUGGUUGUGAACGUCACCAUCAAUGACUUCGCUCGCAAGCAGAUUACAGGCUUCAAGAAGGAGUACCAGAAAGUGGGGCAGUCCUUUGCUCUCCUGGGGCAGGCGUUCGAGCUGGACCAGCAGGCCUACUCGGGGGGUCUGAACAGAGCCAUCGCCUACACCGGAGAGGCCUACGAGCAGGUGGGAGAGUAUUUUGCUGAGCAGCCGCGCCGUGACCUGGCUCCUAUUUCUGACCUGCUGGACCUCUACAGAGGACACCUGGCCAAUUUCCCUGACAUCAUCCAUGUGCAGAAAGGUGCACUGACCAAGGUGAAAGACUGUCCAAAGCAGGAAGGCGAGCUCCACGAUCGCUGCAACAUCAUUUCUUGCGCCACACUGGCAGAGAUUCAGCACUUCCACCGCACACGCGUACGGGACUUCCGCUCGCAGAUGCAGCACCACCUCCAAGAGCAGAUCGGAUUCUUCCAGAAGAUCACCGCCAAGCUGCAGGACGCUCUUCAGAAAUAUGAUGACGACCAGUAGGAAGAGAGGGAGAGAACAGAAACGUUGGACUACAAAGACUUUGAGGAAAUGAGGAGGGAGGGGGCAGUCAUGGAGGAUUGAUGGGUUCUUAUGGUCCUUUCAGAGAGAACACUUUGUCAUGCGGUGAAUUCUGGGCCUGGUACGAGCAUUGGAAGAAAUUAACCACUUUAUAAAAAAAAGAAAUAGGCUUCUAGACAGAAGAAUGACAACUUCUUGGAUUAUCUGGACGGCUCUGAUGAAUGUACCAGUAACAGGGAUUUGCUGACGCUCGGGGCACAUCUUGCAACUCAGCGAGACUGCGAUAUUAAAAACAGCUGUUUUCAUUGUGACGGGGCAGCCUCUCCAUUCUCGGUUUCAGGGUCACGUGAUCUCUCCUCUGCCUCGUGGAAACCCUCCGAUCAGGAACAUACCACAGAACGUAGACAGGAAACUCUCUAUAUCACCUGAACUGGAUGUUUUAAUGAUUGAAAGACAGGACUUUUAUGAUUAACUCUAUAUGUGUCUGUCUGUUUUGACUUGAAUGACCAGUUCAGUAUUGUUUCUAUGGGACACAACAGAUGGUUGGUGAAUACGGAAAGAGACAAAGUGGUUGAAUCUCCUCUACUGAAUUUGAUUCAGGUGUCGGAUUUCAUGGACCUCGUUUGGAUCUCUAACACAUCUCCCUAUUAUGUUGCGGUCAGUUCAUUACAAUAUUAUAAUUUGAAGCCCUUUGUAAUGUUCUGCAUUUUAGUUUCUAUCUUGCCAGACCUUGAAUAAUUGUUGAUCUCAAACUGAGUUUUUUGACAGAUUAUCUGCUUGUUUUGAGAAGCUUCUCCACAGUUCUUUCUUUUCGGGCCGCUGCAGGCCUUGGGUUAUUAAAACUCGAAGUCCACAUCUGUCUUUCUGCUUUCUUAUCAAUCAGGGUAGCUCAGAGGUCAGGCUCAGGGUACAGAUUGAUGCUUCCAGGAAAUAAGGCUUUGAAUCCAGAACUUUAGGUUUAGAUGUGUAGACUUUUAAUGGGAUUAAAGAAUAUUUGACAUUCUUCAGAGGGCAUAGUUGUUAAUAUAAAUGUAUACGGAAGCCUUAAGAGGCAAGAAAGAACAUUCUGGUGAUCUAUUUUCUAUUUCAAAUCUUAAUUGUUUUCUUUCCUUUGUUUCAAUGUCUCUUUUUUUUUCUCAGUUUUUCUUUCUUGUAAUUCCUUUUUGCCCACAAGGGGCUGAAGUGCACCAUUACCACAUGUUCUAAACAUGAAUAAAACCAUUUGUUUUCUUUUAGGUGAGUUUUAAUAAUGAAUUCAUGUGCAUUGUGUUUGGAUUGAAUGGAGAAAUGGAUCACUAGAUUUUCUUCUUCUCAUUUGAAUCUUUGGGCUUCCGUAGUUUAAGACAAUCUUGGUAAAGAAUCUGUUCAUUUCACCCCAUUCUGUCUUUUUUUACUUCUGAGAUUCUACACAGUGGCUUUAAUUAUGGUUGCUCUUCUUGUUAUGCUCGCUACUCUUAAACAUUUAUUGUUAAACCGAUAAGUAACCAAAAUGAGCUUACUGAAUUUGUAUUUUUGUGCCCGUCAUUUUAGAGUAUGUCUGGUCAAUUUUGUUACGUCAUAUACGACUUCACAUUUCUAUAAUGGGAUACCACAAAGGUCAGGUUCUUCACCAUCAUGUGAUCCACUAUGAUUGGACCAUUUUAACACUUUAAAUGUAUUACAUUGGAACAGCAUUUUGUUCGUUAAUAAAUUAAAGUAGAAUAUAUGUCAUCAUAUAUCUGUAUUGUUGACUAUUUCUCAGAAAUAUAAAUUAUAGUUUCACUUGA